GCAAAUGUUCAGCAUUAGCUAGGAAAAAAUGGCCUCAUCGUAGUCAAAUUCGAGUAUGUCGUUUUACUCAAGCUUAACGUUCAGGGCAUUAGCAGGACCCGAUCAUGUAAGCGCCUAAGCGUGACAUAUUUGUCCGUUACAGAAUAGCUUUCAAGCGUUACCGGGCAGCUCGUAGCUAGUUAACUGACGUUAACGUUGGACGAGGACAGUGGCAAGCGAUGACGGUUUGGAGAACCAGCCGACAUCAUCCUGGGACGUGUCCAGUCUUACUCGCCAUCUUUCUGCUAGUUUUGAGUGAGCACUCGGUGAAAACAGCCGCUGAUUAUGACCCUUAUAAAAUCCUGGGUGUCAGCAGGAGUGCCAGUCAAGCUGAAAUCAAGAGGGCGUACAAGAACCUUGCCAGAGAAUGGCACCCAGACAAGAAUAGGGACCCUAAAGCUGAGGAGAUGUUCAUCAAGGUUUCUAAGUCAUACGAGAUUUUGUCUAAUGAAGAGCGAAGGUCCAACUUUGAUCGCUACGGGCAGAUGGAUGAAAACCAGCCCUUUGGCCAGUCACAGCAUCACGGAUUCCGCAGCUUCCACAACAGCUUCUAUUUUGAUGAGUCUUUUUUCCACUUCCCCAGGUCCAGGGACUUUGCAGACAGCAAGUACCUGCUUCACCACGCACAGUUUAACAGCGACAUCCUUCCAGACAGCCACAAGAGGCCGUACAUAAUCAAAGUGACCUCUGAGUGGUGCUUUGCAUGCAUCCACAUUGAGCCUGUGUGGAAAGAGACAGUGCAGGAGCUGGAGCCGCUGGGUGUGGGCAUCGGCAUCGUGGACCUGGGUUAUGAGCGUCGCCUGGCCAACCAGCUCGGAGCUCACCGUGCUCCCUCCAUCAUCGGGCUGGUGAAUGGCAGGGUGACCUUCUUCCAUAGGGCUGUGGUGCGGGAACACCUGCGUGAGUUCAUUGAAGACCUGCUGCCCCACAAACUGGUGGAAAAGAUCACAGAUAACAACUACCUGGCUUUUCUGGAUAACUGGCAUGUGGAAAAUAAGCCCAAUGUUCUCUUAUUUGACCAAGUCCCCAUUGUUCCCCUGCUCUACAAAUUAACAGCGUUCGCCUUCAGAGACUACGUGCGUUUCGGCUACGUGGACCAGGGCGACACGCACUGCACACGGCUCCUGCGGCAGUUCAACAUAAACACAUACGCCCCCACCAUGCUGCUGUUUAAGGAGGACACAGAGAAGCCUGUCGACGUCAUCCAGGCCAGAGGGAUGAAGCGACAGAUCAUGGAUGAGUUUGUCUCCAACAACAAGUUCCUGCAGGUGCCACGGCUCGUCAACCAGCAGCUUUUUGACGAGCUGUGUCCUGUCAAGCAGUUCCACCGACGGAGGAAGUACUGUGUGCUGCUGAUCACGGGGGAGGACCAAGCCUUUCUACCAGGCAAUAAGGCUUUCCUGGACUUCGCCUCAGCUAACAGAAAAGAGGUGCUGCGCUUUGCAUACGUCUACCAGCGUAAGCAGCAGCCUCUCUGUCAGGCACUGCUCCAAAAUCAGGCUGCCCUCUCACCUCAGGUGGUGAUUCUCGAGAGGCGGAGCCAGGCUGGCAAGGUCCUGUACCGCUCUGUGAGCGGUGGCUGGAACGGCAGUGACGAAGACAAGUACCGCCUCCAGGAGCAGCUGGAGCUCCUUCAGAAGGACCCCACCUAUCUGAGCUCAGACGCCACCCUGCCAGAGCUUAACAACGAGUUGGCCCCCAUUUUUAUUAUUCAGUGGAUGAAUGCUGCCUAUGAUUACAUCCUUCAAAUAUAUGAUGACCUUCUCUACUCAAACUGGCGAGAGAUGAUGCCCAUCCUGUCCUUGAUCUUCUCAGCUCUCUUCAUCCUUUUUGGCACCGUCAUCAUCCAGGCCUUCAGUGAGCCAGGUGAGAACAAACCCCGGAAGCCAAAGCCAAAGGAGCAACCACAAACUGAGGACGACGCAUCAAGCCGAGCAAGUACCUCAAGCCGUCCUCCUAAGAAGGACUUUGUGGAAGUGACAGAGCUGACAGACAUCACGUACACCAGUAAUCUGGUCAAGCUGAGGCCUGGCCACAUCAACGUUGUGCUGGUGCUGACCAACGCCUCCAAGAAUGUCUUGCUCAGGAAAUUUGCCAAGGAGGUUUUCUCUUUCUCUGGGACUCAGACCCUCCACUUCUCUUUCCUCAAUGCGGAUAAACACUGCCACUGGAUGUCGUCACUCCUUUGCUCAGCCUCUGACGCUGCAGAGAGCAAGGGCUAUUCAGAUGAAGACGAGGAGCCUUCAGACUACGCCGGACAUGUCCUGGCCCUCAACGGCCACAAGAAGUACUUUUGCCUCUUUAGACCCGUCUUCACAGGGGACGAUGCCAACGACUCCUCAUCUGAGACCUCAUUCUCCUCUGACAGCAGGAGAAAGUCCCGGUCCAGGUCCAGGUCCAGCUCCCACUCUCGAUCCCGGUCCCAUUCCAGGGAGGACGGGGCUGGCCCCAAGAGAGGCUCCAGCAGGGCAACCAGUAUACAAGUGCACCAUAAACUUGACAGGCUGGGACUAUGGAUGGAAAGGCUAAUGGAGGGCACCCUGCCCCGAUUACAGGUCACUGCAUGGCCCUCUCUUAAUGAAACCGCUAACACCGCCUCCACAGACAGCUGAGGUCAAAGUAAGAUGGGUACGAAUGGUAGCAGAUACAUUUUAUGGUCUUGCCUCCUGAUUAAGUUCUUUAGCAAGAAGACUGCAGAGUGUUGCAGUUUUCCAAUUAUUAUUUAAUUUCUCCUUCGCAGAGUUAAGUCACUGCACUGAACAGUUGCAACCAGUUUAUAGAAUGUCUUAUUUCAUUUGUUAUAGUGUGGUGCAGUUGGAAACCAAUGGCUUAGAGUAGUGUGUGACACCAAACCUUUAAAAUGCACCUGUGUGCAUCUUUAAGAAAUGAGACAAACACAUGUUGAGGCAAAGUCAAAGUCUGAGCUGUAUGACACCACUUCAUAUCCUCUGUACGGAGACAGAAGGAGCGAAAAAGGAGAAAAGCUAUAUGAAAAAACAACAAAAACAGAUGGAGUUUCUUCUGUUGUGUUCUUGAAAAUGUCAAAAAGGAGUCAGAGCUGCAGCAUAGACACACAAAGUCAAGCUUCACAAACACACAGGUGGUGUAUGUAGUUAGCUAGCCACAGUUCUUUGUUAUUUCCCUCUCCUUUACUUUUGUCUUUGUACAUUUAUAAGGUGAAGUCACACAGCAAGGGAUAAGUGCAAUUUUUUUUGCUGAAGUACUUUGAACCAUCUAGAGCCUUUAAAAUGUGCUUCAAGCUUGAACACAUCUUUAUUGACAGCCCUCUGAAAUGAGUUUGACAUUUGGCAUUAUGUCCCUCUGAUGGAGAUUUCUGUUGUGUGCGUGUGUGUGUGUGCGUGCGUGUGUGUGUGUGUGAUCAGAUCUCCACAUGGGCUUUCCUUGGAAGCAGUUUAGUAAGAAUACAGGCCUGCAAACUGAGCCUGUUGCACUGAAUUUAUAGAUCAAUAAUUUGUUUUUGUGAACUUUUACGAGGCUUCAAUUGAACUUGAUUAUUGACCUUUUUUUGCUUUGACAGAUCUGACGCAACCCUUUUGAUUGAAGGUAUAAAGAGAAACAUAGUUUCACAACAUGGUAAACAGCAAGAAAAUGGCUUAUUCACGUGACACCAUUUACAUUUCAGUUUGUUUAUGAAGAAGAAUUGAUGAUUAAGUAGGGCGUCCUGAUGUUUUUCUGCCCAGACCAAGUUGCCAUUUCUUGCUACUGUUUUGUUUCGGGAUUUAACAUUAAAUAUGCUACCAGCCAAGAUGGAUUCUGAUGUUAAAUGUUGUUUUUGAUAAGUGGUACCGAGAACGUUGAAAUCUGCCUUUCUGUCUUUACAGUUGCUGUUUAUUUCAGACUGAUUCACUUACUCUUUUAAGUUCUUGUCAAUUGUCUGAAUCAGGGAGAAACAAUCCUACCAUGUUAUUCCCGCCCUUUUUAAGUAUGUGCCCUCAAACCACUGUAUAUUGUUACUGCAUGGAAUAAGUAGACCUAAAAUCACUAAUAAAUGUUUAGUGAAUUUG